UUUUUUUUUUUAAAUAUUCAGAGGCUACAUUUGUAUUUUUAUUUAUAUUUAUUUGUUUACUUUCGUUUGUAAUACGUACUGCGUAAAAUAUAUACACCGUAAAUAUUAAAUUUAUAUGGCUUGUAUAGUCGUAUACACUUCAGAUAUUUAUACAUAUAUAUAUGGCCAGAAUCAGUGGUUACACGUAAGUUAUUCAUAAACAUAAACAUAAACGUAUACAUAUCACCACUAUGUUGCCUCCUACUGAUGUCUACUCAAUUGUUGUGAACAACAAAGAUGAGUUCCCUAUUAUGGUCACUGUUCUGUACAAAGGAGCUGAUGGCAAGGAAGAGAGCAAGCAAAAAGAUAUUGAGUCUAACGAGUCUGCCAAGUUUGAAGAGAUUGAGUAUGAUGCAGGCUCAAGUAAGGCGGUGAUGGCUGUAUUCCGUGUCAACAUCACAUCUGCUGGACCCAGCAAUGCACUGCACAACCACGAGGCGCCCUUCAAUGUGAGCAGCCCAACUAAAGGGUAUGUGUUCGAUAUCUCAACCGGAGAGGGCGGUAAGCUCGGUAUCGAGCACCACUCGCCUUGAAAAAAACAACGAAGCAAGGUGUAAUUAAGACAAUUUCAAAAUCGGGAAACCUCCCUGCUGCAUGCCAACCCAUGUACAGUCCGCCAUAUAUGGAGUAUGAAUGUGCUAUACUAGACGAUUUACUAUCGAGACACACAAUAAAGGGGAAAGAGGUAAAGACAUGAAUGUAACGGUUGGAUUCUAUGCGGUCUGUUUGCGCAUUGAACUGUUCAUACUUAUUUCGGAGUGGUCCUGUCGUCUUGCAAUGUUGGGCUUGAGAUUGUCGAUAUAUUCGUUCUUGGCACGUAGUCGGAUAUGUAUACAUGCGUGUUGAUUUUUAUAUGUCUGCAUUUUGAUCUCAUGUAAUUUAUCGUGUAGUCUUUUAUGUACAUAUUACCAUGUAUCCAGUGAGCAUAGUAGAGAAGUGUAUAUCCACAUACUCAUAUACUUCACCAUUAGCACAAUAUAUUUACACAAAUUUUCGGUUUAGCGGAAAAAUAACAAAAAAUAUCCACAAUGUUAUCUAUCAUGAGUGUACAUGUUCAUAUAUCGGUUCAGUUACACACUGCUGCGAGUGCGGGCGCGUGUUCUGUAUGUACACCGUCUCCGCAUAGAUUUAUAGGCAAUUUUAUAUAUUUGCACAUACACACAUAUGACUAGUCCUUAUGUACAUAAAUACAUUUGUAUCCAUUAGUAGAUGCAUAGAUAUGAACCUGUAGGUGCUGCAGGGGAUUGUGUUCAAAGCUACAAGUGCGGUGGAGUUUUUGAAUGCAGGGUUGCGCUCGAUAGCAUGUAUAACUAACUGUUUUCAUAUAUAUAAUCUGUACAUGCACCGAAUCGCGUACGAGUUUAUAUGCUUCGAGGUUUUAACUUGUAUACAUCAAUCUGCAUACAAAACUAAUUGCAUUUUAGAAUUACUAAGCUUCAGGCCCAAAUGGAUUUCUGUUCGUAUAACGUGAGAAUUUCGAGUCAAUAGAAUAGCAGUUUUAUUUUUGCAUGAUAUAUUUACACAUACAUACAAUAACAUCUUUUCACUCAAAAUCCUAGAGCAAAUUUUGUUCUGUAAAAUCUAGAACCCUACGCAUAUUAGAGAUAUAUCGAUGGGUAUAACUGUGCAUUUAUGUGUGUUGUGAGUGUACCAAAUGCGUAUAUAUACUGUAGUUACAGAGCGAUUAUCUGAUGAACGUGAAAAUGCGUACACGAUAUAUAUGUAUGUAUAUAUAUAUAUAUAGGUAUGGCAACAUUCCCGCUUACAUGGCUUCGGCCAUACUAAUAUAUCCUUAACAGUCGGUACAUUCAUUGUAGUAUUGAUGAAUACGCACUUAUACGAGAGCAUUGCGUAUCGAGUUUUUACAGCCUUGUAGCCCUUUUUAAUAUACCACCAGAAAAUACAUGCGAGAAUGGUCUCGCAUAUACUUACAUACGGGAACGACGAGCGAUGUUCAUGCGAACAAUAAAUAAAAAAAGGGGGUUUUCGGCUCGAUUAGUAGACAUGGACGUUCAAAUUCACUGUAUCGCAUAUACUUUAUAUUUACACAUAAUGAUGUCACUAUUAAGUACUCAUUCAUUUUUACUAUUUAUGGCAUGUGCUCUAAAGAAGAAUAUACGUUGAAUAAGACCUUUCUCAGUAGAGGGUCAUAACCUCCUGUAAUUACUGAUGACUGAGUAUCUACCUCUCUCACUCUGAUCUGACUCAAUUUCGAGCGAGUGAGAGACGGCGAGUCUUUGAGUGUGAGACUGCGACUCUG